CUUUUCAUCUCCUACGGCGGCAAACGUGUAGGAAAUCGUCCGAGGCAGCCCAGGAAAAACUGGAGCCAUCCAUGGAUGGAUGAUUAUUAUCCCCAUUACUAGAAACAGACUGUAAGAAGAAUUAUUCUCCUGGAGCUGUCUUAAUAUCACUUCCUUUUCUUCCUCCUCAUCCCCAUCCUAGCUCAUCUUCACCUCCCUUUCCGGAAUCCCUCCCUCUCCUUUUUUCGUUUUCUCUCUCUCCUCCCCUCUCGCGUGGGCGUCUCUUCGUCGUCGCCAGCCGCAGCCCCGGUUUACGGAGUACCGAGCUGCUUCUGUUCGUUUCACUCUCCCCCUUGAUCCCUCGCUCCCAUAUCCCCUCUUCCCCCCCGGCAUUAUGUCGGGGUUAACUGAUGGACUGCGUGGGGGAGUCCGUCCGACCAAGUCCGCUGCAUAUCCUUCCUUGUCCUUUCUCUCUCCAGAAUCAGAGAUCUCGCCGUCAACCGCCGCUCCCGUCAUGCAGAUACCUCCCGCCUCUGAAUUCAAUCCCUCCUCCCAGCUGUCCGACGGCUUCUCCAUCGACUCCAAUUUCGGCCAGUCCGCCUCCCAUCACACUCAGGGUCUGCUCCAAGACUCUCUCUUCCCCGAAUGGAAGAACGAUGCCUCCCCCUCCGGCUUCGAGAACCCAGAGGAGAUGCAGGAGAAGGAUCCGUUGGCCACCCAGAUCUGGAAGCUAUACUCGAGGACCAAAGCCCGCUUGCCGAACCAGGAGCGCAUGGAGAAUCUUACUUGGCGUAUGAUGGCCAUGAGUUUGAAGCGUAGGGAAAGGGAAUCUCAUCGGCAGUCCCAGUAGGUCUUUUUUUUUUUUUUCUCUAGUCCUCUUAAUUCCACAACUGCGAGGAACUAUUCUCAUGAGUCACGUACAGUGCGCCUCAGCCGAAACAACAACCCCCAGCCACCAGCGGCAUCUCUCAACUACGCCAGUUCGAUAGGAUGGCUAUCUCCGGUUCCUCGCCUCCGUCGAAAUCCAGUCCCGCGCCAUCGGAUGAUCCCAUGAACAUCGAUGACUUCAUCGUUCCCAUCGAAUCUCCUGUGGAACAACCCAUGUCUCCUCCCACGGAUAGAACAAACUCGACCAAUUCUGCUGCCAUCCCUAUAAAAGGCCGCAGAGAUCAGCCCCAACCUGAGGCUGCGACCACCGUUCCGGCCUCCUUCCAUCACCCGUUGCAGGAUCAGCGCAGGGAGAACGAGUUCGGCUAUGUCCAGCGCCGAGUGCGCAAGACGAGCAUCGACGACCGCCAGUUCCUCGCCAACAGCCUUCAGGUUCCGAACCGCAAGCGUCCGGCCGAGUCGUCUCCCCAGAUUCCACCCGUGACCAAUAGCAUGCUAGGCAACGAUGCCAACUUGUCGGGUGGUGUGCCCGACUACACGCUGGACCAUCCCUCGUCGGGCUUCGCACAGCACACAUCGUCCAGCCUGUCUUUUGGUCUGGACACGAUGAAUAGCCUCAACGACGACCCGAUCCUUUCUGCUUCUGGUCCAUACCAGCAGCAGCAGUUUACCUUUUCUCCUGUCGAGUCCCCCAUGACCACGGGUAAUCCCUUUGCCAACAUCUACGCCCACACCCCCAUGGGGUCGUCUCUCAACUCCACCGAGUUCUUCUCGCCGCCGCCGUCGGGUUAUCAAUCCGCUGCAUCCACUCCCCAGCCUAUCUACGAGAACGAGCAGAGCAUGUACUUUGACAACCCCGUGGUUGACGUCCGUAGCCAGCGGCGCAUCCCUAGUUAUGUAGCGCAUCGGUCCUCGAACCUGUCCGCUUCUCUGCAGCACCGGUAUCUGUACAACGGAAACGGUGACCAGCACUUCAGCGGACCGACUUCGGGCGUGCGCUCGCCCGGUUUCUCGGUGAGCAGCCAACCCCAACACGUCGAUCCGUCGCAGGUGCUGGGACAAGACUUCUCUACUGCCUCGUCCCACUCUGGCGUGAACCUGACGACCGGUGACAACCGCAUGUUUUCAUUCGGUGCUGACUCCGACAAUGAGGAUGAUGAGGGCAAUGUCUUCCCCGACCGCGGCCUGGGCAUGACGGCCGAUUUCAGCGGCAUGGACGACAUGUCGGGUGAUCAGAAUCUGCCGUGGGAUACCCAGUUUUCCGCAUCGUACAACUCGAUGCCUGCCUUCCCCGGCCAGCAUCGCAAGCAUGUGACCAUCGGCGCUGCCGAUCUGAUGGAUACGUCACGCAACUGGAACCAGGGCAGCAGCCUACAUCGUGCUCACGGAUCGGUGGCCUCUGUUAGUGAAGUUCGCAACCGCGAGCAGGAUCCGCGUCGACAGAAGAUCGCCCGGACGAUGUCGUCACCCAACACCGGUCAGCUGGUGCGCGGAGCCGCAAACAGCGCCUCGCCCAAUACGCCUCCCGAGUCUGGGGUUAACAGUACUGUGCCGUCUCGUCCCGCCAAUGCCACGGGCUCUAAGAACAAUGAGCAGAACGGCAACGGUAACAACAAUAAUGGUGGCCCCACGACCUGCACCAAUUGCUUUACACAAACGACACCGUUGUGGCGUCGUAACCCAGAGGGACAACCGCUCUGCAAUGCAUGCGGCCUGUUCCUGAAGCUUCACGGUGUAGUCCGACCGCUAUCGCUCAAGACAGACGUCAUCAAAAAACGCAACCGCAGCAGUGCCAACAGUCUUGCCGUCGGUGUCUCUUCGCGAUCGGCCAAGAAGUCUUCGCGCAAGAACUCGGUUCAACAGACCACAGCCACAACGCCCACGUCGAGUCGUGCGCAGAGCGGUACAGCGUCCUCCGAAUCUCCGCCAUCUGUCCCUACCUCAGCAGCUUCCCCAGGCGCCCUCCAGGGUUCAGGAAAAAAUGGAGUUGUGCCAAUCGCCGCCGCUCCUCCUAAGGCGACAUCACAAAACCGCAACUCGGUGCUCAUGGCUCCUAAACGCCAGCGGCGUCAAACAGGCGGUGCUGAUUCUGAAGCCUCUGAUGAGACUCCUAAGCCCACUUCGUCGGGACGUUCCAAAGUGGUACCUUUGGCGCCUGCUAUGCCUCCUGCAGCGACGAACCCUGCAAAUCACAGUAUUGCAGGCGGACAGGGUGCAAGUCAGGAAUGGGAGUGGUUGACUAUGAGUUUGUGAUUGACAAAUUGUCAAUCACUCGGCUUUUUUCCCCCUUUUUGUUUUUUUCUAUUCCACAACUUUCUUUGUUUCAUAUGCCUAUUAUAGACUGGACGGGAAAAGGGACUGGUCAAAACCACGCGAGAAUCUCCAUAUUAGAGCGAACGCGGUGUUUUGUCGGCGAAAUUUUCACGAGGUUCAAUUUAUGCUCAUUACGAACCGUUUCAAGGCGACGACUUUUUUCAACCUUGAAUCCAAAAUACGGUGUGUUCUCUCCAUUGACAGGAAUGGACCUGUCAGCGCCCGCGGUCUUUUUGACGAAGGUUGAUAUGACGUGAUGCAAAUGCCUUACUAUUUUCCCUUCUUUCUUUUACCGCUGCUCUUUCAUUACAACCAAUCAGUCUAUUCGGCUCCUCGGGGUUUUCACUUUGACAGAACAACAUGGUGGGAUGAAACUGGGAAGUCGGAAGAGACUGGAUCUCAUAUUAAUGUCUGACGGAUUUUUUUUGUCACUUUCAUGUUCUUUUCUGGGUUUUCUCACCUCUCAAUCUCACCGUGUGGGACUUCGAGGUUAUAAUCUUGGAUACAGAUGGGUUUUUAUUUUCAUGUUAUGCCUGUCGUAUGUUGUGUGUCUGAUUGUGCUUUUGAUUGAUACAAUCGCGUCUGUUCCGGACCCGCCCCUUUUGCUUUACUUAUUCGUCUUUUUUUUUUUUUCCCCGGAAAUUCUCUCUUCUCUUACCUUUGCAUGCCGUUUCGUCUCUUCCUGCUUUUAGAUCAGGGGUUCUGGGUACCGGACAGAAGUGCGCAUCUCCUUGUGUCUUUUGACAUUUUGCAUUUCAUUUUUUAUUUUCUUAUUCCUGUUCUGCUGGUGAGGUGACGGUACAUGAUUAUCUAUUCAUUAUAGUUUUAACCUCUCAAUCAAUCUAUCCAUUCAUUAAAUUUUCUCCACUUGUAAUAUGAAUCUGGGUUAUAUUGGAGGCGCAGGGGCUGGGGCUAGAUAGAAAUAAAUGGCAUGCAUAUGGAUGUAUCCCAACAUGUUUGUCAACGGGUAUAUAUUAUAUAGGUGAAAGAAGGAAUAGAC